AUGUCCUUGCUAGGAAUGUUUUGCCCUCCGCUGUUUGAAACCAUUGCAAACUUAGAGGAGUAUCAUCCUCGGAUUGGACUGAAAUGGCAACUUGGACGCAUUUUUGCACUCUUCCUUGGGAACCUUUAUACUUUCUUGCUGGCCUUAAUGGAUGAUGUCAAAGAAAAGGUGGGAAUCUAAAAAGAAUAUCCAUACAUUAAUUCCCAGAGGGGUAGCUGCGUUAGUUUGCUGUGGCAAAAACAGAAGAGUCUUGUGGCACCUAAGUAAAGCCAAUAUUGCCCCUGCUAGUGAGUUUAUUAUGGUUGUGGUGAGAUUCAAACCAGUCUCUUCCCACUAUAUUAUAUCGACUCUUACUCUGUGGUUUGGAUUCCCUGAGGAGAAAAGAUCCAGACAGAUCUAUCUGCUCUGGAGCAGAAAGUGCAGCCAGGCUCACUGGAGGAGAUGAAAUCAGUCAGUUAGAAAUAAAGAGUCUUUGCUGAAUCAGCAAUUACAAAAAAGUGUAGGCUGGUGUGGAGGUCUAGCUGCAGAGGAGUCAGGGACAUCUGGAAGUGGCUGACAGGGCUGAGCCACAGAAAAGACUGAGCGUAUUGGAAAAUCAGAUCUAUUCAUGAGUCAGAGUCCAUCAAGCAAGGCAGGGGGUGUAUGAGAGGCAAAUAAACCCUCGAGCAAAACCAAGGCCUUGUCAAGACGACUCCUCUGUAGAAAUAUUAGCCAGUGUGCCCAUCAGGCCCAAAUGGAAGUGUACUGCAUUUGACUAAAACAUUCCCUAGAAGGUCCGUCUGUCCCCGUUCAACAUGACAUGUCAAAGAAAUGGUUGGAGACAAGGAAGGAGACUUCUUGACAGCUAUUCUACAUGGCCUAGCUCUUAGGCUUCUUACACAAUCUACCCCAAAGAGGGAGAAUUAUUCAGACCCCCGUGGCUGUGAGUCAGGUUUAGCACCAUUCAAAACUGGUUAAUUCUCCAUACACCCUUACUGAGAUUCAAAAUGAUGUAUGACUUCAGUCUUGCUAUAGGAGAUGAAACAAGUGAUUUAAAACGAAACAGACCAGGGCUUUGGAGGAAGAAGCCCUACAGAGCUGCAAUAUGUUUGGAAUAUGAAUACUUGUUUGCACAUCUUGACAACCACAUUUGACCCCUUUUCUCAGCCACACUCACAGUCCAAGUGUGCACUGUAAUGUAGCCAGCUGAUUUUCAUUCUCAACCAGUGCUUUUGGACUGCCUUGUCCAUUCUGGCAUAUCUUCAAUAGAUAGUUCUUGGAAAAUGCUUUCCAGGUGCUUAUCCUGGAUAGUACAGCUUCUCUGUUGUUGUUAACAACGUUUAACAGCUUCCAUUUAAAGUUUAGAUCAUUUAUGUCGCCAUUAUGAGGAUGCACGUUUACCCAGCAUACAUUUUAUGAGAAUUAAAUAUGUUUUCUGUUGUAGCUGGUUGAAGAAGUCAGCAUCAGGAACAUAACACAUUGGACCCUCCUAAAUUAUCAUAAUUCGUCUGUGGCGAAUGGAAGUGCUGUUUCUCUACCUUCCAUGGAUCCAGCCGAUGUCCCUCGAGGACCUUGCUGGGAAACCACUGUGGGAAUAGUAAGUCCUUCCAUGAAACUCUUAUCUUAGCAUGCCUCAGACAGGGCCUGGUAGUGUGAGCCCUGUUUAACCGAGAUCAGAGCUACACAAUCUGCCAAACUGAAUUGUGUUGUGCACCCAUGGGACUUCUGUACCAUUUUGUAGCCUGAACUCAUAGUGUAGGUGUUGGGAGUUAUAGUUCAGCAGCAUCUGCAGGGCCAAAGAUUCCUGAAAUAUACUCAGAGUCGAGAGUGGAUUUCAUGCUCUUUGUUCAGCUCAUAGUGGUGAGGAGGAAUGGAAGUUCCCCCACAAUAUCUGCUUUAUAUACAUUAUUUACACAAUGGGCCCCACGUGACUGGCUAAUUACGGGAUUCUCCUGUAGGCCAAUCAGGUUGUGGAUUCACGUCCACCUGGAGCUGGAUUGGGUGGCUCCUGCGGUAUACUGCAUUGUUCAGACCAAUCAGACUGCUGCAUUCUGAAUCCUAUUGUUCUAGGACCAAUCAGACUGCUGCAUUUUGGAUCCUAUUUAACUUAGCACAUAACAGUUCCCAUCAUCCCUGGUCACUGGCCAUGUUUGUUGGGACUGAUGAGAAUUGUAGAUCAGCAACAUCUUGAGGACCAAAUGUUCUGCCAUAGAGCCAGGUGCACUUCCUCAAAAGACGGAGGUUUCCAAAUACAGUCAAACCUUGGCUCCCGAAUGCCUCCGUUCUGGAACGUUUUGUCUCCCGAACACCGAAAACCCGGAAGUAAAUGCUCCGGUUUUCAAAUGUUUCUCAGAAGCCAAACGUCUGACACGACUUUCGCUUGAGUGCAGGAAACUCCUGCAACCAAUCAGAAGCCUCGCCUUGGUUGUCAAACAUUUCGGAAUUGAAUACGUUCGACAACCAAGGUUUGAGGGUACAUAAAAAAGUGUCAGCAGUAGUAUUUUUUUCUGCUUUAUUUAUACGAUUCCAAAACAGAAAUGCACAAGGAAACAUAAGGUUUGUACAACAUGGUAAGCCAAACUGUGACGCACUGGAACCACCCAAAUGUAGAGGUCCUAGAGGAGAUCUCACAGUUACUUUGCUCCUCCCCAAUUUUAUUUAAUCCCAUGCCACACAGAGCUAAACCAAGGUUAGCAUACCAUUUGGACCCAGGCUCAUGGUUCAGCUCUCUCCUCACUAACCACAGGCUGCAGUUAAGAGCAAUAACCAGACCGCUGUCACCAGCUUCUUAAGUUAGAAUACUGUCCGAGCUAAACUGAUCCUUCUCCUGUUCAGAGCUAUCUCUUUCAAGGACUUCGUAGUCUCAGCAGUUGCACGAAGGUUCUUUAUUUACCCGGUCAAGUGUUCAGUGCGCAAAGGUUAUCCUAACCUGUCCAACACAAUCAAUAAUUCAAAUAGUCCAAGAAUCAAAAAUCAAACUUCAUGACUCACCUUUCACAACAGAUGAAAUCUAUAUCACGGUCUUCGGCAGGAGCAAAACAGUAACUUCCUUGUGGGUACUCUUUCUUCUUAUGCUUCAGGGUACCUAACAUCCAGCCCUUCUUUAAUAGGGCAUUUAGGGCCCAUGGUUUUCUAGAUAGCAACCCUAUGACUACUCUAAAGUAAGAACUCUCCUCCCACAGGACUGGCACAAGUUGUUUUGGUGCCUAAGGAGAAGUAAUAAAACCUUCUCACCCUUCUCAAAGUGCAUAUACUAAGGCUGGCCAAUUUAUUUUGGAAAAUACCACAGACAAGGCCUCUCCAUAGGAAUAAAACACAAUAAUAACAAAUAACCCCUCAAGACAGCCUAAAGUAGCAGCCUCACUUUGUAGACCUGGGACUCAGCUAUACAGCUGCAAAUAAAACAUUUUAAAUGCAAUAUACAAAUGUGGCACUAGACGGCAACAGUGAGCUAUGCCAAAUUCAAUGUAUUUUUUAAAACGUUUUUGAAAAAAGCAUUUUCAUCCCAACCACGGCUUUUAUCCGAUGCAAAGAGCACUAGGAAGCACAAAAAAUGGAGAUUCUCUUCUUGAACCAACUGACCACUUCGGACCUUUAUAUCAGCAGCAGAUCUGGAAUGUUCUGGAAUCCCAUCUCCAAUGGUGGAGCGCUUCUUUCAGUGGCCAACCAAAUACCUAGAGCAUAGCUGUCAACUUUUCCCUUUUCUUGUAAGGAAUCCUAUUCGGAAUAAGGGAAUUUCCCUUAAAAAAGGGGGAAAGUUGACAGCUAUGACCUAGGGGAAGCCAGCAAAGAGGACAAACAGAAAAACUUAUAAGACUGAUACCUUUGCAUUCUCCUGGUCACAUAACUAAAGACCUUGGAUACAGAUGUGCUUUUCCACAGAAAUUAACACCACAGAGAUAUAGUGGUUUGGGUAUGUGUAAGAAAAUAACAUAGCACCCCAGCUAUUACCUUUGUGUGUGUGUCUUUUGUUUUCAGCUUGCACCAUCUCCCACUGUAUUUCAACCACCAACAGGCAAAGUCUGCAGGCUCCAUUAGGAAUUCCUCCUUUAAAUUAAAAGCUUCCCUCCCUGCAGCUUCAACCCAUUUUAUUGCUUCCUUGGAACAGUGCAGGUGGAAGAUUAGUGCCAAAGUGCCCCUGAUUGGGUCAGUUUUCGUUCCUCAUUUGGGGGCCGGAGGGAGGAAGAUAUUUAUAAAAUUACUUCAAUUAUAGACGGUAUAUUUUUCUCCAUAAGAACAAAGGAGUGGCAGGAGAUACACUGCAGCUUUCUGAAUCUAAAGUACAGGAGACAUCUAGUGGUCACAACAGAAAUGAGAAGUAGGUUCCUGCAAUGGAAUCUUUCUUUGCCUGACCAAUAAGAGAGCAGGUUUGAAGCAGAAGAAGUUAAGAACUUUGGGGAUUUGAAAAAGAAAAGAACACUUGAAAAGACAGUUGGAGAAGGGAGAAGGAGCAGGAGGAAGAGGGCUAAGGGAUUAUGAAACAAACAUGGAUUCUUAGUCUCCUGUUUGCCUCAUGGUGGUCAGAGGAGCCAACUCCUGGGGGCCGAGGUCCCUUUGGCUCCGCCCAGUAAAAUAUUUGAGGGCCUUCCCCCCAAAACCAUUGACAGACAUUCAAAUGGUGGCAUCAUGUGAUUAAUUAUGAGGGGUGGGGCUUGCCGACCCCCCAAUAUUUUAUUCAAGUGGGGCCCCCCUGCUCAUGGUGCUCGUAUUUCCGGGAGACGCCAAAAAGACACACACACCACUGUCCUGCUACUUUAUAGUCCUGUCACCAGCAGACAGAUGCUUUGCUUGAGAAACACCAAAUGUGUCCUAACCUAAAGGAAAGACAUGGAAGUCUACGAGAGAAGAGGAAAAGAUGGAAGCAGUAGACUCAAGGCUCUUUCUGAGGCGACAAGCCUGCAUCUGGGCUGCGCCAGUUCAGGCAGCAAGAGGGAGCUUGUCAUGGAGAAGUCUCUCAUGGCAUCAAAAUAAAAACUCUGUACUUGCAGCAGUCAGUCAAAUGAAUCCUCAUCUACAGACUGAAGUGCUACAGCAUGGGUAGGCAAACUAAGGCCCGGGGGCCGGAUCCAGCCCAAUCACCUUCUAAAUCAGGCCCGAGGACGGUCCAGGAAUCAGCAUGUUUUUACAUGAGUAGAAUGUGCCCUUUUAUUUAUUUAUUUGUGGGGCAUAGGUUCAUUUUUCCCCAAAAAUAUAGUCCGGCCCCCCACAAGGUCUGAGGGGCAGUGGACCGGCCUCCUGCUGAAAAAGUUUGCUGACCCCUGUGCUACAACAUGCACACGGGUUUACUGCCUCAGUUAGAACUAGGCAGAUGUUUUGAACAACACAAAAGCUGGCCAGCUCCCUUGGCCAGGAAAACAGGAGGAACAUUGGAAAGCCAGCACAGUCUUGGUCCAGCUCUAUUUCUUUAUGUAUUUAUAUUUAUUUAUUAGAUUUAUAUAGUGCCCUUCGUCAUAAGAUCUCAAGGCAAUUUCAAAUUUUGCUUCUGCUGUAAAACCCUCCAGUGCCAUAGUCCUCACACCCUAGGCCAACCCCAACCUCUCUCACCACCAAAGGAACACAAGUGAACAACACAAGCAACGCUGACACCAAACUCUACAUACAUUAAACAUAAUAGAAACACCGCCACCCGACCCCACCCCUAUCCAUCUUCCCUCUCUCCACCACCCCUUUCUUUUUUCUUUCUUUUUUUUCUUCUCCCCCUAAUGCCUCAACAAAUGAAACGGAUUUGUAAAAAUGUUACAUGAAAAAAAAAUACGAGGCACUACACUUCUGUAAAACAAGAAAAUCCUUAAUAAAAUAUUUUUUUUAAAAAAAAAAAAACCUCUGCCUGAGGAGUGUUGCUAGGCCUUUGGGGACUUGAAUAACCAGUUGGCCGGGCUGCAACUUCGACAAAUUCAAUCGAGGCAAAGGAGUUCUGAGGUAAAAAGUGAGCUUGGUUCAGCACCAGGUAUAACCGGACACUUAGACUGGCCUACAAGUCCCAACACAGUCUUUCUAAGGAAGAUUAUAUGGGAAAUUUGGUGGCUCCUGAAUUAGUGACUUCUGAAAGACAAUUUUCUGUUUUAAUGUUUAUUUCCUCUUAAAAUAAUAUAUAUGGCAGUUGGGGGAGUCUUAGAAUACAAACUGGAGAACAUCCUAGCUAAAUGCUUAUCACUUUUUGUCGUCCCCCCCCCCAGGAAUUUGUGAGGCUCACUGUGUCUGAUAUACUUGUGACAUUUGUAACCAUACUUGUGGGAGAUUUCCUCCGUGCUUGCUUUGUCAGAUUUGUCAACUAUUGCUGGUGCUGGGACCUGGAGGCUGGAUUCGUAAGUAAAUGAACUGUAGAUGAAGCAAAGUUCUUGUCUUAUAAUAGAGUUUAACCAAUGCUUUGAGCCACAUUUUAAUUCUGGUUUUCCCCCCACUGAAAUGUAGAUUUAGAAUCCCCGCACUGCAGAUAAGGCUAGUGUAACUGCUCAGGCAGGCUGGGGCAUGUUAUGACUUAUAAAUGUGUCAUGACACUUCAUUUUGCAACAACUGCAGCAUCUGAACUAGCCUUAAGGGCAGUGGCAUACAGAACAAAUGACGGUAACCUAGCCUUGAGAUUGCCAAUGCAUUGAUCGCUAUAGCCAGGCUCUUGUCUGUCCAGCAGCAGUUGAAGUUGGCAAAAGGCUUUGUCUAGUCUGCAGCAAUCUAUCCUGCAUGGAUUUAAAAGCCAGGAAGGUAAAGAUAUGCUAGAAAAACUUAAAAGUCCCAAAAUCUCAGAUUAUCAAUAGUCCAGGACUCACCAGAACAUCAGGCUGUGCAGUGCAUGGUACCGUCAUGUGGAACCAUUAAUGCGCAUAUAUAAGAAAGACAAGAUUAUUCUCAGCGCCCUACCCCACCCCGUUCAGAGAUGGAACUUGCAGGGAUACGGAGGAAGCUGAACUCUACCAGCUGCCCGAGUUGAUUUGAUGUCAAAUGCAUCACGAUAAACCAUGCCAACAGUUUUUAAAAUUUAAUGGCAGAAGUGUGGGGAGGCAAUUUUAACUGGGAGCCCAGCCCAUGGAGAAGUUUAACCGUUCCCUCCACAAUCAUGAUCUAAAGAGGGGGGGGACCCUUUUCCUGCUAUAAGUCUUAUGGGGGACGACUCCCAGUGCUGUCAAUGGGAACAUUUUCCCCUAAGGCUCAUAACCACAGCAGGGCCGGGGGAUUUUCAUUGGGAUCACAGUGAUCUUGGGCAAAGUCAUGAAGGCUGACCUACCUGUUAUGUACUGAAGUUCUCACCCUGGGCCAGCAGGGCGAUACUGUAGAUAGUUAUGCAAAUGAAGGAUCGAAAGUGACGUUCAGUGAUUGGAUAGUUUGUAUGCAAAUGAAGGAUCGAAAGUGAUGUUCAGUGAUUGGCUAGUUACAGAAAAUGGUUACUGUUGCAUUCCAGUGGAGCUCUAUAUAAGCAGGCUGACUGUGAUGGCCUGGGAAUCCGAUUCAGAGGCUGAACCGGAGGAAUCCCAGCCUGCACAGGAGUCCCCGCCUCCAGGGCCGGCUGAACUGGGGCAGGGCCUUGAUUCUGAAGCGCCUGCACCUGUGCCGGAUCCUCAGGAGCAGGCAUCAGGUGAAUCCACUCUGGCUCCGGAGGUGGUUGACUCAGUGCCUACAGGUGAGUCUCCCCCUGGGUCCAGUAACCCUUCAGCCUCUCCUGAACUGCAGAGGCUCAGGGCAGAGAGGCGAAGGGAACUGGUUUCUCCCAGGAGGAGUGCUCGCCUUAAGGCCAGGAGAGGCGGGUCUCCUGGGGGCCGGGGCCGCCCCUGGCCUCAGAGAAGAUAAAGGCCAGUCAGCCCGGUCCCAGGUUGUGGGAGCAACGUCGUUGAAGAGCUGUUUCGGCCAGCAUCCAGUCCUGUUCCCCCAGAGUUCCUGUCCUUGCCCGGCUUCUCGCUGUGGACCCCGCUUCGCCUGAGGAGGACUGUCUGCCGACCCUCAACUCAGGUCCUGGACCUCACCCCACGGUAACCUCCCCCCUGGACCAGCACAGUUUGCUCCCGCCACACCCGCACUCCCCCUUCGUUGGGGUGCAUUUGGGAAAAGCCAGAAGCCAUGGCCGACCAGGCAGCUGCGCUGGUGGCAUUGGCCCAGGAGAACCAGGCCUUGACUCACACCAUGCAGCAGCUCAGCGAUGCGGUUACGGCACUUCAGCAGCGCUUGGACACCCUACCGGCUCCUGUGGCCGAUGCCCCAGCUCCAGGCAAGUACCCAGUAGCCUUGCCAAAGAAAUUUGAUGGGGCCCCGGCCAGCUUUCUCAUGUUCCUCGCCCAGGCCAAGUUGUAUAUUCAGGGGCGAGACCGGAACUUCCCUGACGACCGCACCAAGGUGCACUUUUUGAUCAGUUUGUUAAAGGACCAGGCGGCCAAGUGGGCAUUGCCGCUGCUCAGGCAAGACUCCCCCUUGCUGACAGACUAUAUGGGGUUUUGCAACCAUUUGGAGGCCACAUUCGGCAACCCCCAGAAGGAGAGUCAAGCCAACCGGGCAAUUAGGUGUUUGAAACAGGGCAAGUCCACUGCAGCCGCCUACACCAUGGAAUUUCGGCUGUUGGCACAAGACUUGUCUUGGAAUGACUCUGCACUUCGGGACCAGUAUCUUGAGGGACUGUCGGAUGAGAUUCUGGACCAGUUGGCCAUGAUGGAUCGUCCCACCACGCUGGAUGCCCUUAUUCAGCGGAGCCUGCAGAUAGACGAUCAGUUGGAGGACCGUCGCCAGGUCCGGGACCGCCAGCACCCCUGGCUCCUGGCUCCAGUCCUUCCCAGCAGGUCCACGCCCACAGCCAAGUUACCGGACCUUCAUUGCAGAUUAUGCUGAUCGCACCACCCCGUUGACCCGGCUACUGCGCCCCAAGACGCCAUUUUCCUGGGACAAGGAGGCAGAGGAGGCGUUUCAGGGGUUGAAGGCCUGUUUCCAGAGAGCGCCGAUCUUGCAACAUCCUGAUCCCUCUCGACCCUUUGUGGUAGAGACCGAUGCCUCCAGUACGGCUCUCGGUGCCAUCUUGUCUCAGCAGUACGGACCCUGCGCCUUCUAUUCCCGCCAGCUCCUUCCAGCGGAGCGUAACUAUACCGUGUGGGAGCGGGAACUACUGGCCAUCAAGGUGGCCUUUGAGGUCUGGCGCCACCAUCUUGAGGGGGCACGACACCCGGUGGAGGUGAGAACCGACUACCGGAACCUGGAGUACCUCCAGACCACCCGCAAGCUGAACCAAAGGCAGAUCUGGUGGGCGUUGUUCUUUUCCCGGUUCCAGUUCCGGAUCCGCUACAUCCCUAGGUCCCAAAACCAGAAGGCAGAUGCCCUGUCCCGGAAACCUGAAGACAACGCAAACACGGUACAGCAAGCAGUACCCACCAUGAUCCUACCACCGGCUGCAUUCCUGGCCACCCAGGAGGCUGAGCCACUGCAGGCUCGGGUGCGGGAACAGCAGCGGGUCGACGCUUGGGCCCAGGAACGACUCCGGGAACUGGCCAAAGGGUCAUGCCCUCAGUAUCCGGGGCUGGUCUUGCAUCAGGGCCUCUGCUGCACCACGGUCGCCUGUACAUCCCGCCAGGGCCACUGCGGGGUGAGGUUCUCCGGAUGACCCAUGAUGCCCCAGCAGUGGGACACUUUGGGCGGUAUCGGAUCACCCAUCUGGUAAGCCGUGAGUUUUGGUGGCCCCGCCUGAAGGCUGACGUGGCUCACUACGUCGCUGGUUGUGAUGUCUGCCAGCAGGCCAAGGGCCCUACCAGGCAACCCCCCGGCCUACUUCAGCCAUUGCCAGUCCCACCACGUCCUUGGCACACGGUUUCGCUGGACUUUGUAGUGGACUUACCCCCGUCUCGUGGCUGUACCUGCCUUCUAGUUUUCUCCGACCAUUUCACUAAGAUGGUGCACUGUGCCCCCUGCCCAUCCGUACCCACAGCUAAGGAAACCGCUCAGCUGUACCUUCAGCAUGUCUUCCGCCUGCAUGGCCUACCUGAGCGUGUGGUGUCCGACCGGGCGUUCAGUUCACAUCCCGGUUCUGGCGAGCAUUGCACCAGACCCUCGGGACAGAGGUCUGUCUCUCAUCAGCCUACCACCCACAGACCGAUGGCCAGACGGAACAGGCGAACGCGGUGCUGGAGCAGUACCUCCGGUGUUACUGCAGCUACCAGCAGGAUGACUGGGUCGACCACCUAGCAUUGGCGGAGUUUGCCUACAACAACGCAGUGAAUGCGUCCCCCCAGCAGACCCUGUUCCAGGCCAGUUACGGUUAUCAUCCACGGCUGUUUCCGGAUGUGCUGCCGGCAUCCACGGUCCCUGUGGUGACGGAGUGGCUUCAGGAGCUCCAGUCCCAGCAACAGCUAUUGAUGGAGCAACUGCGCCAGGCCAAGGAGGCGUACAAGGCCCAGACCGACCGCCACCGCCAGGUAGGGCCGGAACUCCACGUUGGUGACCUGGUAUGGCUCUCCACUCGCCACCUCCACCCCUCUCGACCUUCGCGGAAGCUGGACACCCGUUUCACUGGCUCGUUUCCUAUUGUGGACCAGGUCUUGCCUGUGGCAUUCCGUCUCCGGUUGCCCGCAACCCUGAAGGUUCACCCGGUAUUCCACAGGUCCCUUCUGAGUCCGGUGGCCCCACCCGACAAGUUCCACCCGAACCUUCCCCGACCGCAGCCAGUUUUGGUUCAGGGGGAGCCUGAGUACGAGGUGGAACACAUUCUGGACUCCAGAUACCGCAGGCGAAAGCUGCAGUAUCUCAUAGACUGGAAGGGGUAUGGACCGGAGGACCGUUCCUGGGAACCAGCAGCCAACGUCCAUGCGCCUGCCUGCCUCCAAGAUUUCCAUGCAGCGUACCCCAGCAAGCCGGGUCCAGACCCUCGAUUGAGGGGGGGGCCUGGGAGGGGGGAUGGUGUGAUGGCCUGGGAAUCCAAUUCAGAGGCUGAACCGCAGGAAUCCCAGCCUGCACAGGAGUCCCCGCCUCCAGCGCCAGCUGAACUGGGGCAGGGCCUUGAUUCUGAAGCGCCUGCACCUGUGCCGGAUCCUCAGGAGCAGGCACCAGGUGAAUCCACUCUGGCUCCGGAGGUGGUUGAGGACUCAGUGCCUACAGGUGAGUCCCCCUGGGUCCAGUAACCCUUCAGCCUCUCCUGAACUGCAGAGGCUCAGGGCAGAGAGGCGAAGGGAACUGGUUUCUCCCAGGAGGAGUGCUUGCCUUAAGGCCAGGAGAGGCGGGUCUCCUGGGGGCCGGGACUGCCCCUGGCCUCAGAGAAGAUAAAGGCCAGUCAGCCCGGUCCCAGGUUGCGGGAGCAACGUCGUUGAAGAGCUGUUUCAGCCAGCAUCCAGUCCUGUUCCCCCAGCGUUCCUGUCCUUGCCCGGCUUCUCGCUGUGGACCCCGCUUCGCCCGAGGAGGACUGUUUGCCGACCCUCAACUCAGGUCCUGGACCUCACCCCACGGUAACCUCCCCCCUGGACCAGCACACUGACUGAGCUCCUCAGUUCAGUUCUGCUCCAGCUUACAAAUAAAGAGCUGCUUUGGAAGAAUCGCUGUGUCGUCUGAUAUGUUCGCCCACAACUUAACACUACCCUCCCUGGGUUAUUAUGAAGAUAAGUGUGUGUGCCACCAAGCUCCCUGAUGAAAAAGUGGGAUGUAAAUGUGACAAUAAUAAUAAUAUUAAAUAAUAAAAUUCAGCCUUCCAACAUCAUCUGUUUAAAAAACAAAACACUGAUGUGGCUUCUAAUUACAUCUUUCGCAUCCCACUAACAACAUUUGGACAUGGCAUUCCCACCCCCAAGGCAAAAACUGAGACAACAACCAGCAGAAGCAGCACAUAUUUACCAGCAACAGCUUCCAAAGAAUGAAAGUUGUCCCCUGUAAAUAAGUACACAGAUGGAAUAUAUGAGAGCUCAUGCUAGUCACAUUAGGCUAGAGAGAGAAAACUGAGUCAUUAUUAGACAGCUCAUUAUAUCUCCCAAUUUUUACACAGCAUCUGUAAUUCUUCUUUCCUGACAACCCCAACAUUAUGUAAUUCUCCAUCUAUGGGGUCACAUUGUUCCCGCUUGUCAUUCCAGCGGAAGACAGGCAGUCUUGAGUCACGCAUAUUGUUUCAGCAAUCCUAUUAUUGUACUCCCAAUUUGCUGCUUUCCACCCACUUCCCAGUUUUGGCGCUGCCAUCAGUUUCUCUAACAAGGUGGAGGCUUGGUUUAGCAGGAGGAUGCAUAAAACCCUACCAACAGAUAGGAAUGGAGGGUUGUGUGUCUUUAUGUACUUAUUUGCAGAAAUACACGUAGAAUUCAUUUUACCUGAGAUGCAGAAAUAAGGGAUCCAACAAACGUACCAUAUGCUGCAUCCAAUCAGCAUUUCACUAGGUCACUAUUUGAAGGAAUUAUUAUUUUUAAUCCACUUUAAAAACAAAUGAUUGAAAAUGCAGAAUCUGGGAGACAAGGGAAUGGUCUGGUGCAUAUCUAUACAGACCAUAAUGUUGGUGAUAGAAAAUGACUACUGUGUGUUCGUUGCCACCCUACAGGUAUUAGUUUCAAAGAGGAUAAAUGUACAGGAAGCUUUUUACAGCCAUUCAGUGAUAAUUUUAUAUCUAAUGCAACAAUAGUUGAAUUAGGGUACUGUCAGGGAACUGACAUCGGAGCUAGAGGCGGAGGGGAGGCUCUCAAAUGAUGCUGGAGAAGGGCCCAGCAGGGAGAGAGGCAGCUCAGCAGAUGGGGAAGCAAAUCAGCGCAACACCAGAGAUAAAGGGGGGCAGAUGGGGAAUCGGCGAGAGGGCUCCAGGACUCUUCACCGGACACCAGCGGGGAGAGCACGGGUCCUCCGCUACCCACGCCCUCCCUGCGCAGAAGGCUUCCGCGCAGGGAGAGUAGGAGGAGACUUGGCGUCAAACAACUUUUAUGUUGGAAAAGGUUUAAGAAAUGCCCACUGACGGAUUCUGCUAGCGACUGAGGCAGCCACGAAGUGAAGGGCUGUCCAGACAGAAAGGUUUAAACAAGGCAACAUAGCCAGGAGAGGCGGCAACUUACGCACGAGCAACCCAUACUCAUUACAGGUACUCCUUUUUGAAAUGAGAUAUCAGCGAUCUCUAGGCCCCUUUUAUAUUUAUUCAAAUAAUCCAAAGGGUAAAAGUGAAUGGAAACCAAUGUUUUAUUUCAGGUGAGAAUCCUUUAUUUUCCCCUUGAUAUUUCUGUAGUCCUCCAAUACCAAAAUUUAGCAUUCAGUCAUAUUUCCUCUUUUUCAUUACAGCCUUCAUAUGCUGAGUUCGAUAUUAGUGGCAAUGUGCUCGGUUUGAUCUUCAACCAAGGAAUGAUCUGGUGAGAUAUUCUUGUCUACUGUAGCCCUUUGCUAGAGAAAAUGCUAAAUUAAAACUUAAGAAAUGCACCAGACUGAGGUCUGCUGUGCAUUUUUGAAGGCCCAACAGAGACUCCAUUUCCUUAGGGUCUUGCGUAAGAGCAGUGUCAAACAAAAACUGAUGAUCUCCUUCUACCGGGCCACAAUAGAAAGUGUCCUUUCAUACUGUAUAACAGUGUGGUAAGCUAGUUUGACAGCCACGGACAGAGGGUGGCGAAUACAGCACAUGACAUAAUGGGUUGUCCUUGGAGUUCGCUAGAUGACAUCGCGGGAGACCGCUACCUCAGGAGAGCGAGGAAAAUUCUUAGGGACGACUCACAUCCUGGCUAACACUUCUUUAAUCUUCUACCUUCGGGCAGGAGAUACAGAAGUAUAGUCAACCGUACCAGCAGGUUAAAGAACAGUUUUUAUCUGUGGGCUGUUGGGCUGCUGAAUGGGGAAAAAAUAGUGGUGUAAUUGACUUCCGACAAGCACACAGAGUGUGAACAAGACUGAGUAUAUGGGUGGGGGGCUCGUUUAAUUUCACUGCACACGGGUGGUGUAGUGACAAUAAAGGUUUUUUUUUAAUUAUUAUUAUUAUGGCUCUUCUAAUCACUCAGAAGUGCAUGCUAGACACAUCACAUUUUGGUAACUUUUACUCAGAACGGUGGUUUUAGAACAAACACCUACCUAUUUAAAAAGGUUCUAGGAUAAUCCCACAGGUCCAUAGGAUGCAGUGUCAACUUACGCAAGCUGAGAAUCCGUCAAAGAACAGGGGCGAGGAAAAACAGCCUGUUCAGUUUGUCACUAAAACAGAAAUGUGGAGCCCAUUAUCAUGGGGUUCAUUUUAUAUAUGAAUGAUGAGCAAGAUCCUACAUUUUUCCAUAUUCUGCAGUCCAGGGAAGGUCCAUAGCUCAUUGAUGGAGCAUCUGCUUUGCAUGCAGAACACCCCAGAUUCAAUCUCCAUUAUCUACAGGCAGGGCUGGAAGAGACCCCCAUCUAAAGCCCACGAGAGCUGCUGCCAGUGACUAGAGAGCUAAACUGAUCAGUGGUCUACAAGGCAGCCUUCCAUCAUCCUAUGUUCCUUGAUACUCACUGAAUACUCCUUCCCUCUUCUCCCCAUUCACGUAUGCUCCUUAAACUUUUUUAGCCUGUGCACCUGAAAUUGAGCAAGUGAUAUAGAUUCUUCUUUCUCAGUCCAGUGGGAGGGAGAGAUGGAUCAUGUGACACGGCUUGGGUGACUUGAGCAGGCUCUGCGCUGCUUUUUCUCCUGCCUCACCCAAGUGAUAGCUCCACUCUCUGUCCUACUUUCUGUUAUUUCAAAAAUGAAAAAGGAGUUCUCAUACCUUGAAUUUAGCUGUUCAAUCUCCCUCUCUCCCCUGCUCAGUCAUGGGACUGGGAAUUACAAAAGAAAAAAGAAGUCAAAAGUCAGGCUUGGCGCAAAGGACAAGAAGGCAAUGUUUUCUUCUCAAAUAAGGAAGAGAGGAGCCAGCCUCAUAAAGAGCCCCUUAUUUUUCUUCAUAUAGGCCCUUUUUUAGAGACCCCAGGGCUUUAGUUUCACAGACCCCCAUGUGCCUGCCCCAGAUAUACCAGUGAAAGUCUGUGGAAUCCUACAAGUCCAGUAAGCCCACUAAACAACCACAUUGCCUCUUGUAAGAGACUAUCUGGGGCAGCUACUCCAUCAAGUUCUCCUUAAAGCCCAGACAAAUUCCACAGCUGGAGGAACUCCUGAACCAGUCUCUGUUUGUUCUCAAGGCAAGGGCAGGUGCAGGGCAACCCAGUCAGAUGGGGAGGGUACAAAUAAUAAAUUAUGAUUAUUAUUAAGCCAGAGGUCCUUCCAGCUCACAGUUAUGCAAUAAUAAUAAUAGCAAUAAUAAUAAUUUAUUUAUAUCCCGCCCUCCCCAGCCGAAGCUGGGCUCAGAGCGGCUAACAACAGUAAAAAUAACACAGUUUACAUAAAAUCACAAUCAAUUAAUUGAAAUACAUUCUAAAAUCAAUUCAGAGUCAAAUUAAUGGCAACAUUGGGCUAGAGUUCUAUGAGGAGUACAGAAGAAGGGGGUCAGACUGUGCCUUGGCCAAAGGCCUGGUGGAGCAGCUCUGUCUUGCAGGUGUUGCAGAAGGAUGUCAAGUCCUGCAGGGCCCUAGUCUCUUGUGACAGAGAGCUCCACCAGAUCGGGGCCACGGCCGAAAAAGCCCUGGCUCUGGUUGAGGCCAGCCUAACCUCCCUGUGGCCCGGGAUCUCCAAGAUGUUUUUAUUUGAAGACCGUAAGGUCCUCCGUGGGACAUACCAGGAGAGGCGGUCCCAUAGGUACGAUCCAAAGGCCACUUGCAGCCCACUUUGUCACUCCAACACCAGGGAGUUCAUUUAGAAACAGACAGGGGUGUGGAAACCUUAUCAGGCUUGGUUCCAUGCCCACACCUUCUAUAAGCUCCUGUUGGUGUUCCAACAUGUCCUCCAUCCAUCCAAAACACAUGGCUACCUUCCUUCAUCUCACCAACCAAGGCAAUUUUAUUGGUGCACAUCCCACCUAGAUGUUUCUCUCAUCCUGGGACAUUGAAUGGGACAUUGGCUACUUACUGUGAAAGUCAGUUCUGGUCCAGCAUGAAGGAGACACCCAGUCCCACUGCAGUAGGUGGCUGCUGAUGUGAUAGAGCUCAAGAUGUCUGGUUCUGCCAUGCUAUCUCAGAGGAGGCUAUCCGUAUGCUGACCUUAUUUUCGCUUCAGCAUCCAACCUUUCUACUGUCUUAUGCACUACAAAGGAACUAAGCUGGAGCCUCUUCUGUCUGCUCAAGUCACCCAAGCUAUCUCACAUUAUUAUCCUGUCUGAUCUGGGUAGUGGGUGGAGACAGCUCAUCUGGAUGUAUCCCUAAUGCUGAAACCGAAGGGACUGUCAUAAUAAGUAGCUAUGGUUCCAUUUUGCAAGCCAGGCAGGGGAAAGCUCUAUUUUUAAAGAGUUUGCUUUGUAGUACGAUCACAUUGUUGUCGCUAACUACUUCCUUCCUGGCAGAACUUGCUCUGAGUCCAUCCUUAAUACCAGGCUCCUAUGCUCUUCUAUAGUUCGCUGUUUCUGAAGUGGAUGCAGCUAAAGCCUUCCUGAAAAGCUUUCUAUAUUUCUCUCUUUUCUUCCUUCCUUACAGGAUGGGAUCCUUUUAUGCACCAGGACUAGUUGGCAUAAAUGUGCUACGUCUAUUAACCUCCAUGUAUUACCAGAGCUGGGCUGUUAUGAGUAGCAAUGUUCCCCAUGAGCGCGUGUUCAAGGCCUCCAAAUCCAAUAAUUUUUAUAUGGGGCUCUUGCUGUUGAUCCUGUUCCUAAGCCUAUUGCCGGUUGCCUACACCAUAAUGUCCCUGCCUCCCUCCUUCGACUGUGGACCAUUCAGGUAUUGGGGGAUCCUGGUGGAGAACACCUCCUUAGCAUGAGACCAGACUCCUGCUCAUUUGUCCUACCAUGCACACUAGACCCGAUCCUAUGCACAUUUACUGCUGUGUUUAAUGGGCCUUAUUUCCAUGGAAGAACAUACAUAAUAAAGAAUUUCUCUUAAUCUUCAGGGUGACGGCCAACAAUGCCGUGCUGCUUCCACAAUGGGGCUUUCCUUGUCCUCCUCUCCCCUGCGGCAUGCCUGCUUCCUAAAUCUUCUCCAGACCUUUGCAGACCCUCUGGAGCAGACCUUGCGUGUGUGCAGUGGACUACAGAGGGGAGUCCUAUCAAAUGUGCUGGUGCAAUGUUAGCUAUUGCCCUAGAUUUUCUUAUCAGCCCCAUAACUGCAUAUUUAAUAGGUAGAGGAACGUCAAUUGUUGUGUAACUUUAAAGAGUUUUAAAGAAAGUGUACUCUGUUACUCCAACUACUGCUAGCUCAUUGGACACUUGCUGUCUCUCCUGACUUUCUUGACCAGUGUUUUCUUUCUUUCCUUUCCCUGCUUUACCUCUAUGAAAAGAGAUGAGCUGUUGAAGAGUAGGACAGCAUCCAGGGUGAGCAAUUGACAUAUUCAAGGAGAAGCCAUGGACAGUGAGCAGUCUGGUGUUCCCUAGGAGUCUUGAUAUUCCCUUGUCGCAGAGGGAACAGCCCUAUGGGGAACUAUAUAAUAUACGCUCCAACAUUUCUCCAAUGAAAAUAGGGGCAUCCCAUUCCAUAAUGAUAAUUUUACUAUUUAUACCCCACAGAUCUGACUGGGUUGCCCCAGCCACUCUGGGCAGCUUCCAACAUAUAUGAAAACAUAAUAAAACAUUAAACAUUAGGAAAACUUCCCUAUACAGGAUUGCCUUCAGAUGGCUCAGCAGUCAGAUAUCUCCAAACCCUCCAACUUUUCUCCAGUGAAAAUAGGGACAUCCUAUGGGAAAGUGGAAUAUUCCGGGAUGAAAUCAGAAACUGGGACCAGCUUCUCUAAAUCAGGGAUGUCCCUGGAAAAUAGGGACACUUGGAGGGUCUGUAUAUAAGACUGUGCACUUAACCUGGAAGAUGGAAAUGUAAUGGAUCAAUACAUAGACUAAAACUCAAAGUACCAGAGAAGUCAGACAAGCUUCAGAAAUAAAGCCCUGCUUUCCAAAGCAACUUUUUCCAUCGCCUCCCCAUCCAAAAUCUGCAAUGUAAUAUGACCGUAGAUGGUAAAAGUAAAACAGAAACUGACUUCUUCAGAAUAUGCUCCACUAUCACUGUAUUAAUAAGCAUUUCUUACUGCCAUUCUGCAUCAGCUUUACACAAAUUGCUCCUCAGACUGGAUUAACAUGUCAAUGAGCCCUAAUUUGAUUUAGUAACUGUUUCUCGCUGCACUGCUGGCUCUGACUCAGCGUGGAGCCAGUUCAGAACAAAUUGUUCCUUUUGCUCCACUGUCCGGACCAUUCUUUUGUUAAUAAGCGGUGUCAGUAGCAAUCUCUUCUCAGACUUUUGAGGGAAGAAAGAACGUACACAGUUUCUUUAGAUUAUUUUAGACAAGUCUCUUUGCAUGUAGCUGUUCUACCCUUUAAGACUGCAUCACAGCACACUGGUCUGUGGGCCACUUGACCUUGCACAUAUGAAGAAUAUGGUACUGUAUAAUGUCUGCUAUCCUGAAGUAACUAGAUGCCCUCGUUAAAUCCCAGCUGGUAAAUAACCUACCACACUCUUGAUAGCUGUGAAAUGGUUUAGGUUGAUAAAAAGACAUUCUUGAUCCAGCUCCUGCUGAACAUAACACAGUGUACAAAAGUUUCCAAAGAUGAGGAUUGCUUGUCAUGUUCCCUUUAGAAAAGAAAAUUGAAUGCUGCCCCCCCUAAGUCUUUGUAAGUGGACUUUUCACUACCUUUUAUGUAACUGAAAACAAAUUUCAAUUAAAUAUUAUGUUUGGGAAAAAGACAAAAUGGAUGCAUGCACCUGCGUCUUGACAUACUCAAAAAGAACUACACAAUCUUGGAAUUUCUCUGAAUGGUGCAUUUCUGAAAGAAGUUGAUAAUGGCCUCUAAUGAGUACUGCAAACUGUCAUUUAUAUGUACCUGUUUACCAUUCCAGUGGGAAAAAGAAAAUGUACGAUGUAAUCCAAGAGACCAUCCAACACGAUUUCCCACCCUUUGUGGCCAAGAUCUUCGGUUAUGUGGCAAAUCCAGGACUAAUUAUACCCGCCAUUCUACUUAUGAUGUAAGUUGUUCCAAUAGCCUGGGGACCUGAGAGCGAAGAAGAGUUUUAUUUUAGCAAGAGGUAUCCUUAGGUUAUUGGUUUAAAAUUUGCUAGGAUUUAAAAUGCCGUGCUGUGCGUGUAGCCUGAAAUCAAACCAACCAUUAAUGGAUUAUGCAGAAUCUGUCAAAAAUGUCUUCUCACCCUAAUUCAUCUCCACUCCUUAUAUCCAUAAUACAGAUUAUUUUUCCACCGCAGCAAAAACAACAAUACUUUUUUGUAAGCCACUUUGAUAUUUUUAAUGAUAUGCUUAUAUAUAGUUUAUAAAUAUUCUGUUUUAACCUUUAAACGCCUGCUGAAAACUUUUCUAUGCUGCCAAACCUAUCCAGGCAAUUAAGACAAUGUCUUUCUUUAACAGUUGAUGGUCUCUGAUUUUAAAGUUUUCUGUGGUUUUUAUUAUAUAUAGAUUCUCGUAAACUGCUUUGAUAUUUUUUGCUAGAGUUGUAAAAGAAAGAGGUUUUUUUGUUAAUAACUGAUAGGAAAUGUGGAUAUUAACAAAAACACUCAUGAAAGUGUUUAACUGAUAUUGUAUUUCUUAGAUCAGUAUUGAGAGAAUGCAUGAAUUAGGCAAUGUGUUUCGGUCUCCCAAAUAAUUAAACCUGCCUCUUUUGUCUAAUUUUAAGCCAUUGUAAGGUGUCACAGAAGUUUAACUGAUAUUUGAUUUUGUAGCCUUGCUAUAUAUUACCUAAAUGCUGUGGCUGAAGCUUAUCAACAUGCCAAUGCGGAGCUGAAGAAGAAAAUGCAAAUGGUAUGUUUGUAUUUUAUCAAAUUAACUUACAAAUGAAAACACCACAGGUGUUUUGGUCCAUUGUUGAACUACAUGGUUCAAAAAUCCAUGUGCCAGUUCAUGUGCUGAUUGCUACAUUCCUAGCAUUCCUUAAGUACAUAUUAGCUCAUCCUGAAUUACCUGCUCCUUCUUUAUAUAUUAAAACCACAUAAUAAAUUCUCAUAUUCCCAACUUUUUAAGAUGCACUUAACACUGAUAUAAAAAAUGCUACAACAUUUUUAUAAUAUGAAAUAUACCCGUGUGCAGCUCUAUCUAGGGGCAAGCAUUUGAAAAUAUAUGAUGUAUCCAGCCCCCCAGCCCCACUCCACUGGCAUAAAUACACUCUCCAAAUGAAUGUCUCACCCCACCUGAAGAACUCCAUUCUGAGAGUACACAGAGGCUUUGUGGUUUUUUAGAAAACAAACAAACCAGGAGACUUCCGGGGAGGUGCCUCCGGUAAUGGCGGAAUUCCUCUGACCGGGAGGAAUCUGCUCCGUGGGAAUCUGGGUCUGGCCGCCACGGCGAAGGUGGAGACCCGUUAAAAUCAUAGGCGGGAGAAGCCUGUGAGUGUGGGAUUCGGCGGGCACCUUUUGCGCCUCCCCCACUCGCGGAGAACCCCAGUUUUUGGGGCUCCGGAGCGACGUGGGGUGAGCGGCGCGAUGCAUCGAAUCAUUUGCUUCUUCCACGGAGUGAAGCCGCAUAGCUGUUGCCGGAGAGCGCUGCCCUUUCCUGUGGACAAUUUGACUUUAAAGUAAUUACCCGUGAGUAGAACUGAAGCGGAAGAAUUGGAUUUCUAAAUGUUUAAUUUGGUACCGUAACGGGGAGGUUCAAAACAGGAAGUCCGCCUUCCCCUUUUGUAAAUAGACUGAGGCAAUGAAGUUGCAAGCUGGAGUCCUGGAAAGCCUUUUGUAAAAGAUUAAAUUUCCAUCGGUAAAGAACAUUAAACCCCCUCUUGGAGGCAGGAGAAGAGAGGGGGAAGUUGCGGAUUGAGUAUGCCUGCGGGAGAGAGCGAAGAGAUUUAAAACACCGCCGCUCUGACCCUGGAAACGGGCUGCUAGCAGGACUGACGUCUUUCGGAAUGUUCAUUGACAGCGUUUAGAACGUUCAUUGACAGCUAGUUAAACAAGAGAAAUACAUUGUUUCUACUAUCUCCGGCUGCUUUAAAAAGGAGUAAAAGUGACACUUCCGGGUUGGCGCCAUCGCCGAAUGGCGGACUCCCUCCGAGCUCCGGAGGGAGUCUGCUCGGCAGGGGCUGGGUCCUACCGCGCCGGCGACGCGGGGACCCUUAAAAACCACGGGCACGGAGUCCGUGGACAGGGGUGACUCGGCUUGCACCAUUAGCGCCCUCGCGGCUCGGGAAGGAGCCUUUUUAAAGGCUUCGGAUCGGAGUGCCGGGGAGCGGCGUGGUGCUGAGUCCUCUGCUUUCCCUGCCGAGCGCAGCCGCAUGCCAUUCGACGGAGAGCGCUGACUUCUUCCAUUGAAAAUUUGGACUAUUAACAACAACCCGUGAGUAAUUGGGAAACCGGGUUCAAAAUUUCGGUUUGGCACGAGCGGGGCGAUUUAAAAGGAAGUCAAUCCCCCCCCCUACUGUAAGCAUUCCAAAACAAGGACUGGGUAACCAAGGUCCAAAGGGAAGUAUAUUCUUGAUAAAAACCAUUAAUUUCACGAUGGGAAAUUAUAAGAACUGUGCUGGAGGAGAAGAGUGGAGGGUGAGAAGAAAAAUGCAUCCCCCCUGGGAACCGGGGCGGUUCGUGGAGCCUGGUGAAGAGAGACGGAGACUUUGACAGCUGUCAAAGUGGCUGUCAAAGUUGGAGAAUAUAAAGAGGACUUUGUUAUGAGGACUUUGCCGGUUAAUUUUGCUACAAUUUGCUACAAUAUGGAUAUAAACUGUUGGAAAAUAAGCAACAAUUUGACUUUUGGAUUAGAGGAUACAAAGUUAUUACAAUCCCCCUAGAGGGGUUUCGGGAUAUUACAAGAACGGUCGUAAGUGGAAAAAUACUCUGGGAUUCGCACAGGACUUGUUAUCUUUUGGGAAAGCUGCAAAACUGAAAUAGUAUUUUGUCUACAGAGGUAUUUACAUUAAAGGAGACAAUAGAAUUUUCUAUUGAAGAAAGGAAGGGACUCGACGUAAGUAUUUGUUCCUGAAUAACAAACCUCUGCAGAGAUACCAGAUUUCUGAAUUAGAAAGUUUUAGCAGCUGAACAGGACAAGAAACCUGAGAAAGUGAGGAAAAGAAGACCAAAGGACUGAUUACGACACGGAAAGAACAACGGGAGGAGUGGUAAAGAUCAAGGAAAUUAAAGGCCUUUGUUAGAUUGGACACUUGAAGUUACAUAUUAUUAAUAAAUUAAAAGAAAACCGGCAAGAUGGAAUCGGGGAGAAAUUUGGUCAUGAAUUGAGACUUCCAAGCUGAUAAUGCAUAGACUGAUGGAUAUGAGGAAUUCAAACCGGGGAAGGGGAGAUUUGAAAUCCAAAGGCUGUGUAACCAUCUUUUGAAUUUUUCUAUAUCUUUUAUUUUUAUUUUUACAUAACUUACGCAUGUCAUUUUAUUUUGAUUGGACGUGUUUAAAAAAGGGAAUUCGUGGAAGGAACUGGGGUGGAUCUUGGGGAAAAUCUUUUUUCUUUUCUUGUUAAUGAUGUGGGACGGUGGUAAGAUUUGUACAAUUCAAUUUGGAUAGUGGGUUAAACAAAUUAAGCUUCAAAUUGGGAGUGAGAGCUUGUAGAACUAAAUUAAGGAAAGGGAAUACAGUCGGGGGAGGGGAGUCCCAGAAAGUAGGCAAUGAAAGUAAGGUUCUUAAAUAUCUCUUUUUCUUUUUUUUCUUUGUAUUUUUAUAUUUUUGGAAACUUUAAUAAAUAUGAUUUAAAAAAAAAAAAUAAAAAGGAGUAAAAGUAACUGAAAAUUGAAACUAAUUUGAAACUAAUUUUGGAUUGUUUAAAAGAGGAUACUAUUGACUAUUACAAAUAGAAACUGUUUCCCCCUAGUGGAAGCCUUUGAAACCGGUUGCUCUACAAGAGCUGGGCUAGGGGAAUUUCCAGCUGCAAGUUAAAAACCGUGAGACUCUGGGACUGACCUUGAAUCUUUUAAGUGUUAUGGUAAAUGGAAGAGGAAAAACAGACCAGUCAACUGCUGACAAAACAUUAAGGUCUGGGAGGACUUGGCAACAAUCCAGGAGAGGUCCAUCAUCAGGCCCCCCUGCUCCUUCUGUUGCUGCCUUUGUACCAGUAUAUUUAAAACCAAGAGGAAUGUCAAAACUUCCGGAGGUGGCGCCAACGGUAAUGGCGGAUUCCCUCUGAUUCGGAGGGAACCCGCUCCACAGAAAUAGGGUCGGAUACCACUUUGGCGCAGCGGGGACCCCUGAAACCACAGGCGGGUGAAGCCUGUGACCCUGGGACUCGGCGGGCACUGUCUGCGCCCCCCCAAUCUGCAAAGGAACCCGGCAACGGGCUCCGGAACAGAGCGGGGAAGUGGCGCUGUGCUGUGAGUCGUCUGCUUCUUCUGUGGAGUGAAGCCGCGUAGCUGUUGCCGGAGAGCACUGCCUUUCUUCCUUGACAAUUUGGCUUCGAAAAUAACGAUCCGUGAGUAGGAUUACUACGUAAUUAAAGGAACUGUACAAAAAUUGAAAGUAAUUGGCCGAAGCGGAGAGGUAUAAAAGGGAAGUCUGCCUCCCGCUCUUGUAGAUAGAACAAAGCAUUGAACUUGAAAGCGGAAGCUUUAAAAGAUGCGUUAAAGGAUUACAAUCCGAUCAUCUAACCGGGAUUUUCCCCCCCCCUCAAUUUGGGGGAAGAGGGGGGGGAAGCUUUGAACGCUAUUUCCCCAAGAAGAGGUGAGAAAGAGGAGAUAAAAACCACCGCUCAAACCCCCCUGGAACGGGUUCCCAGUAACAGCAAAAAGCCUAAGAGAAUGUACUGUCUUUGAAAGUAUUUUGACAGCUAGCCCUGCAUCUGAAAUACAAUUUGGAUACAAUAUUGCUGACAGGUAUCUCCUGGUCCUAAAGUAACUGUUUAAGAUAGACUGUUAUCUUUCUGGUGAAUUGGGGGACUUAAGGGAGAAAUAAACUACUUUAAGAACUUUAUGACUGUUACAGUGUCCCCCUAGUGGAACUUGGAAUUAGCUACAAUUGCAGCUGGCCUGAGGAAAUUUCUCACACUGUUUUCCUGGAACUUUCCAUUUCAAAACAACUUUGACUCUGACUGUGUGAUUGACCUUGAGUUUUAGCUGGAGGGGUAUGGCAGAUGGGAAAGAGAAGUUAGAUUCGUUACAGGCAACAAGGUCUGGCAGAUUAUAUCGCACAGACGGUGGAUUGCAAAGGAGAGCCUCGACAUCUGGCCCCUCUGGAGUCCCAACAGCAACCUCAUCAGCACAACCUAAAACUAAAGGUAUGGCAAGUGACAAUGCCCUUGCUCAGGUACUGGCUAAAAUUAAUGAAUCUUUGGAUAGAAUAAGUAAACAAGUAGCAGAGGCAUCGGAUAAGAUUGAUCAAAAUACGAUAAGUAUUACCGUAUUUUUCGCUCCAUAGGACGCACUUUUUCCCCUCCAAAAAUGAAGGGGAAAUGUGUGUGCGUCCUAUGGAGCGAAUGCAGGAUUUCGCUGAAGCCUGGAGAGCGAGAGGCAUCGGUGCGCACCGAUGCCUCUCGCUCUCCAGGCUUCAGGAAGCUAUCCGCAAGCCUUGCAAGCCCGGUGGGAGUUCCCGCGGGCUCACAAGGCUUGCAGGCAGCAGCCUGCAGCCUGCAGCCCGGCGAGUGUCCGCAGGCCUUGCGCGCCCGGCAGGAGGUCCCGCCGGCGCGCGAGGCUUGGGGCAGCAGCCUGUCGCCCGAGCACGGGAGCCCUCCGGAGGGCUCCCCGUGCUUCGGGCAGUGUCUGCAAGCCUUGUGCGCCCGGCAGGAGGCCCCGCCCAGCGCGCAAGGCUUGGGGCAGCAGCCUGUCGCCCGAAGCACGGGGAGCCCUCCGGAGGGCUCCCCGUGCGUCGGGGGAGGGUCGGCAAGCCUUGCGCGCCCGGCCCGAGGCCCCCCCCAGCGCGCAAGGCUUGGGGCGGCAGCUUGUCGCCCGAAGCACGGGAGCCCUCCGGAGGGCUCCCCGUGCUCGGCGAGUGUCUGCAAGCCUUGCGCGCCCGGCAGGAGGUCCCGCCCAGCGCGCAAGGCUUGGGGCUGCAGCUUGUCGCCCGAGCACGGGGAGCCCUCCGGAGGGCUCCCGUGCUCGGGCGAGUGUCUGCAAGCCUUGCGCGCCCGGCGGGAGGUCCCGCCCAGUGCGCAAGGCUUGGGGCUGCAGCUGUCGCCCGAGCACGGGAGCCCUCCGGAGGGCUCCCGUGCUUCGGGCGAGUGUCUGCAAGCCUUGCGCGCCCGGCGGGAGGUCCCGCCCAGCGCGCAAGGCUUGGGGCUGCAGCUUGUCGCCUGAAGCACGGGAGCCCUCCGGAGGGCUCCCGUGCUCGGGCGAGUGUCUGCAAGCCUCGCGCGCCCGGUGGGAGGUCCCGCCCAGCGCGCAAGGCUUGGGGCUGCAGCCUGUCGCCCGAAGCACGGGGAGCCCUCCGGAGGGCUCCCCGUGCUUUAGGCGAGUGUCUGCAAGCCGCGCGCGCGAGGCUUGGGGCGGUAGCCUGCAGCCCGAAGCACGUGAGGCUUGGGGCGGCAGCCGCGGCGGGGGGGGGGAAUAAUUUUUUUUAUUCAUUCCCCCCCCCCCAAAAAACGAGGUGCGUCCUAUGGACCGGUGCGUCCUAUAGAACGAAAAAUACGGUAACCAAAAUACAGCAAGUAUUAAUAAUUUGGGACAGAAAGUAAAUACUAAUACAGAAACUAUUCAGAAAUUAUUACAGGAAUCUAUCUCGACACGUGAAAUUGCCGAGGAGGCUAAAGAAAUUGCUACAGCUACUGUUGCAGAGGUUAAAGAGAAGAUACCACCGUUACAUAAACAACUUGAAGACCAUAAAUCAAUCGUGUCUAUGAUCGAGUUGAAGGAGAAACAAGUGAACUUAAGGGUCAGAGCUGUACCUGAAGUGGAGAAAGACAACUUAGUUGAAUUUCUUACGCAGGAAUUCCUAGAUUUUUGGAAUCCAGACUUGGGGAAAGACAGUUUUAAAAUGGUGAAUGCUUUUAGACUUGGAAAAGGAGGGGGAAAGAAGGUGAGAGAUUGUUUGAUCACUCUCCGAACAAAAGAAGAGAGAGACAAGAUUUUGAGUUUGCAUUUCCAGAAGACACUGGAAAUACAACAGUCAAAAGUGGAGAUAUUCAAAGAUAUUCCGAAACACCUUCUGGAUCUCAGGUCUAACUACAAAGAUCUGGUUAACUUGUUGAGAAGUAAUGGAAUUAACUUUAGGUGGGAAUUUCCUCAAGGCCUAUCCUUUAGUUACAAAGGAAAGAAGAGAAAAAUAAGAUCGGAAGACGACAAAGACAAAUUUUGGAAAGACCACGGAGAAGACCUACAGAAGAAAGUUACAGGAGAGUUAAGUGCAAUUGUAAGAGAAACUUUAGACACACCAGGACUAUCUCUGGAACUAAAAGACCGCCUGAAAAACGUGAUACCACCGACGGAACAGGAACAGGCACUGGGUGCUGUUGGAGGAGAACCAAAAUAAUUACAUCAUGGCCCUGCAACUACUAAGUUGGAAUUGUAAUGGUCUCAAUUCCCCUCAGAAAAGGAAAUCUGUGUUUCAUUUAUUAAAAAAGGAACAAUUGGACUUGAUUUGUUUACAAGAAACACAUAUAACAAGAUUACACAGGAAAUUUCUGAUAAAUAAAAGACUUGGUCAGGAGUUUAUUUCAUCGGACAAAGUUAAAAAAGAGGGGUUGUGAUUUAUGCAAAGGACAGAUUAUCACCGAAAUUUAUUUUUAAAGAUGACCAAGGAAGAUUUGUGGCAAUUGAAAUUCAAACACAAGGAGAAAAAUUUUUGAUAGUAGGAAUUUACGCACCAAAUGAAGGGAAAUCUGAUUUUUUUAAGAAGCUGCAUGAGACUUUGAUGGACUAUUUGGAUUAUAACAUGAUUUUGAUGGGAGACAUGAAUGGAGUGGUAUCUACACAUAUGGACAAGGCACAAAGACAGGUAGUCACUAAGGAUGGUAGACUACCGAAAACCUUUUUUGAGAUGACAGACAACUUGGAUUUAGUUGAUAUCUGGAGAACAAGAAACCCCAUGGCUAAAGAGGGAACCUUCUUUUCUGAAGCCAAAAUGACAUGGACAAGAAUUGACCAAAUAUGGGUAACUAGAGGAAUGGCACCAAAGACAAGAAAGGUGGAAAUCUGCCCGAAAACUUGCUCCGACCAUAACGCUGUUAAGAUGGAAAUGAAACUAACACCAACUGGCUCCUUCAGAUGGAGGAUGAAUGACACCUUAUUUAGAGAUGAAGAAGUGUUAAAGAAGGCCCAAAAAACCUUGAGAGAUUAUUUUGAGAUAAAUAUGAAUACCAACGUGGAAAAAAGAGUAAUCUGGGACGCAAGUAAAGCGGUUAUGAGAGGGUUUCUGAUACAACAGAAUGCAGUAAAGAAGAGAAUUCAAAAUGAGAAGAAGGAUAAAAUAUUGGAGAAAAUAAAGGAAAGUGAAAAAAGAUUGAGAACAAAUCCAAAAUCUCAAGAGAUUCUGAGAGAAUUAAAGCUACACCAAGUACAAUAUAUGAAAAUGAUGAAUCAGGAAAUAGAAUGGAAAAUUAAACAAAUGAGACAAAAGACAUUUGAGUCGGCUAACAAAUGUGGGAAAUUGUUGGCUUGGCAAAUGAAAAAAAGACAAAAAAUAAAUACAGUUACUGUCAGAGCUGGCUCCAGGUCCCAGCUCACAGAGGACCAACGCUAGCCGGCAGUAAUGUACAAAAGUCUUUAUUGAAGUACAGUUUCCAUUUUCAAGCCGGAGCGCCCCAGCUCUACGUCUAGGGGUUAGAUCGGCGAAGCUCCAUCUGAGUCUCCGCCCCUGUACACCAGUUUAAGAUUCUAGCCUUACUCCACCUCUUACGUCUCUCCUUUCUCCUCUGGGUCCUGCUACCCCCCGGGGUCCCUUCCUUCCUGGAUUCUUCGGACGUUGACCCGCUGACUCCUCCCCCUCUUUUCGGCGGGCUUUGGGACCUGGCUCCCUAUCCGGGCUGCCAACUGCGCCGCCCUCCUGUACAUUUGAACUUGGCGCGCGCACCCAGCCUUCAACCUUCCUCUCGACCGUUUCCUCGCUCCCCGAUGGAGGCGUGGCCAAUCCUGACUCAUGUCCUCCCACUGGCAGUGCGCCGCCUGAUCCCGAUGCCUGGGACUCCUCCCCCCUUCUGCACUCUGGUGUGGACGCUGGUCCUGAUUUCCAACUGCUGCUCUCUGAGUCCCCUCUGGCCCCUUCUUCCUGGGGUGUCCCCUCGGCACCCCCUUGCUCUGACCAAGGGAGCCCCUUUCUGUGAAUCUUCCGAUUCGCUGGAAAGACUCAGAGACCUCGGACCGCUGUCAUCGCUAACAUUUCCUUCGGACUCCUCCCCUCGCUCUCUAUUUCCUCCCUUUCCUGUGCCUCUGCUCCUGAACCCCUGACAUCCAUCCCCCUCGAAGCCCCCCUUCCCCCUCCCCUCCUUCAGGUGUGGGUACUGGGUGCUCCGUCGUUGUGGGGGUGAGUGCCGGAUACAGUUCGUCCCCGUGGCGUGCAUCCAGCCGGAUAAGUCCGGCUCGUCCUCCGUGCUCUCGCCGACCUCAAUUUCCUCUGCUUCCAUCUCUUUGCCGCCGUGCUCGAACCCAAGGUCCUCCCCCAACACGUCCAUGUCCGUCUCUCCCCGGUCUCCUCCGGGGACGUUGCCUGCCAAGGACCCCCCAACCACUUCCUGCGCCACUGCUCCUCUGGUUGAUUGUCCCACCAAUAGGAACGGUCUGAGGCAGACCCCGAGGGUGAUCCCUCCGGGGAACGUGCUUCUAGUGCCGGUUCCUCGUCCGAGGUGAACCCCUGGAAUGUGCUAGCUGAAAAUGUGGGUGUGAAAAGCCAGUCGUCGAAAUACUCGGCUGGCAUGGGCCUGUGUGGGAAAAGUGCAUGGAACUCGUCCUUGAGCCAAGAUUCCUCCAGAGCAUAAUCUGGCACCCAACUGUUGGCGCUAGCCGGGGUACCUUCCUUGGCGAGGAGGUAUUCCACUCCCUCCUCCCCCCAUCUCGAGUCUAAAAUCUCUGUGACUUCGUUGACGGGUUCCCGCCUUGGCGACCCCCCCCCCUUGUGGGCGUUUCCCUGAACGGGUCUGGUGCCGUUCCUGGCUCCUGAAAUCUAUGAGGUGCUUUGUAGGGCGUGAGCACUGAUCUAUGGAAAACUGGGUGCAUUCUGGAUCCCUCCGGCAGUGUCAACCGGAAGGCCACUGGAUUGACCUGUGCCUCGACUUGGUAGGGUCCUAGCUGCUUAUGCCCUAGCUUCUUCUUCGCUAACGAUCUGGCCGGCACUGCCUGGGCUGCUAACCAAACCCAGUCUCCCACCUGUAUGUCUUCCCCAACCCUUCUGUGCUUGUCAGCCUGCAGUUUGUAUGCGUGCUUUGCUAGUUCUAACUGCCUCCGAAGCUGUUCGUGAACCUCCUGCAACUCUGAUGCUAAGGCUUCCGCUGCCUGUGGCUCCCCUCCCCUGCUCUCGCUAAUCCCGGGAAGGUUCUGGGAUGCCUCCCGUUGUUGGCGAAGAACGGUGUCACCCCCGUGGACACGUGCUUCGUGUUGUUGUAGGCGAACUCAGCGAGCGGCAGGUAGUCCACCCAUGUUGCCGGCUGCUGAUUUGCGUAGCAUCGCAGGUACUGCUGCAUGAUGGCGUUGACUCGCUCCGCUUGUCCGUUCGUCUGCGGGUGUCUCGCCGACGCUAGGUUGAUCUUGACGUUCAGGAAACCCAUCAGCUUCUGCCAGAAGUUCGAGAUGAACUGUCGCCCCGGGUCGGACAGGAUAGACCGUGGCAGACCGUGAACCCUGAACACGUGGUCUAUGAACAGUUUGGCGGUCUGUUCCGCCGUGGCCACCUUCGCGCACGGAAUGAAGUGGGCCAUUUUGGUGAACAUGUCCACCACCACUAGCACUGCCGUCUUGCCCCUCGAGCUGGGUAGAUCCGUGACAAAGUCCAGGGCCACCCUCUCCCACGGUUCGAUCGGUGUCUGCAGCGGUUCGAGCAGUCCCGCCGGCGGUUUGUGCACUGACUUGGCCCUUUGGCAGGUGUCGCACCUCGAGACGUAAUCCGCGACUUCCCCCGCAUCUUGGGCCACCAAAAAUCUCUGGCUACUAAUUCUACCGUCUUCUCUUUGCCAAAGUGCCCGGCGGUGGGUGCGUCGUGCAACUGCUGCAGUACUUUCGCGCGGAGGUCGUCUCCCGGUACGUAGAGGGCCCCUCUGCGGAUGAGCAAUCCGUCGCGUAUCUGGAACUCGUCGUCCUCCGCCGUGCCCCUUUGCACCUCUGCCAUCUUUGCUUGCGCGAAGGGGUCCUCCUGCAGUGCUCGACGUACAGCAUCCAGGUCCACGGUUGCUGAAGCGCACGCCCACGCUUUCGGUGCGAAAAUGUGCUUGGCCGCUGCGGGUGCCGCCUCCUCGAGGUAUUGCGGCUUUCUGGACAGUGCAUCCGCCAUGAUGUUGUUGUCGCCUGGGAUGUACUCUAUCCUGAAGUCGAAAUCCGCAAAGAACUCCGCCCAUCGUAUGUGCCUCUGGUUCAGGAACCUUGCCGUGCGCCAGUACUCCAGGUUUUUAUGGUCCGUGCGGACCUGCACUGUGUGUUUGGCUCCAAUGAGGAAGUGCCGCCACGCCUUGAAUGCUGCAUGAAUGGCCAGCAACUCCCUGUCCCAGAUGGUGUAGUUCUGCUCUGACUUGCUGAGCUUCCUGGAGUAGAAGGCACACGGUCUCCAGUCCCCAUGCGGGUCUUGCUGCAACAGUACUGCUCCCACGGCUCUGUCUGAGGCGUCCGUUUCAACCCUCAUCGGUCUGCUGGGAUUCACAUGCAGUAGCUGCUCUUCGGACGAGAAGAGACGCUUGAGUUUCUGAAAGGACUGCUCCGCUUGCUCCGUCCAGAUGAACUUCUUCUUCUUGGAGCUGAGCGUGUCGGUAAUGGCCGCCGUCUGCAUCGCGAACCCCUUGAUGAACUUGCGGUAAAAGUUGGCGAAACCGACAAACCGCUGGACCUCCUUCCGAUUGCGCGGGCUCUUCCAGUCCAACACUGAGCGAACCUUGGCGCUGUCCAUGGCGAGCCCCUUGUCCGACAACUUGUAGCCCAGGAAAUCUACCUCCUUCAUGUCGAACUGGCACUUCUCCAGCUUGGCGUACAGCCUGUGCUCCUGCAGUCUCUGCAGAACUUCCUUGACGUCUCCCUCGUGGGUCUCCUCUGAUUCUGAAAAUAUCAGGAUGUCGUCCAGGAAGCAGACGCAUUUCUUGUAGAGGAGACCCGCCAAUACGUGAUGCAUGAAGGCUUGAAAACAGUGGGAGCCAUUUUGUAAUCCAAAGGGCAUAACUCUGUAUUCAUAGGUGCCCAGGGGCGUGAACAUGGCAGUCUUCCAUUCGUCGCCCUCCCGUAUGCGAAUCAGGUUGUACGCCCUCGCAGAUCCAACUUUGUGAAAACGCGUCCUUUCCUCACCGUUGCGAGCAGGUCAUCUAUCUUGGGCAUGGGAAAGGCUGUGGGCUUGGUUUUCGAGUUCAAAAUUCUAUAGUCCACCACAAGCCUUUUUUGGGGCGUGUCCUUCUUCUUCACAAAGAAUACAGGACUGCCCCCCACUGCCUUCGACUCCCGGAUGAAACCGCGCUUCAAGUUGAGGUCUAUGAACUCCCUGAGUUCCUGCAGCUCGUCUUCAGACAUGGAAUACAGUUUCCCGGUCGGCAGCGUCGCCCUGGCAGGAGGUCAAUCUUGCAGUCAUAAGACCUGUGGGGAGGUAGCUUGUCCGCUUCCUUCUCGCAGAAAACCUCCAAAAACGCUGCGUACUUGAGUGGCACUGCUUGCAGCGUGCCUAAUUGUAGCUGCGGGUCAUCCUCUUCCCCUUCCGGGCUAGGCAGAAUGCAAUGUUCCGCACAGUAUGAGGAGCCGAAGGUCAGUUGUCGCUGGUACCACGCCAAUGCUGGGCUGUGCCUGUGCAGCCAACUCAUGCCUAAUACUAUAGGCGUGUCCGACAGUUGGGUGACAUUGAAGCUGAUGACUUCUCGGUGAUUCCCAAUUUGCAUCACCAUCGGAGGCGUUUGCUGCACCACCUGCCCCCAGCAAUUCCCUGCCAUCCACCGUGACAACUUUCAGAGGCAGCGUGGCUGGCAGGAGUGCUAUGUUGUGCUCUUGAAGGAAAUCCAGUCCUAUGAAGUCUGCGUUACUACCAGAGUCAAUGGUAAUCGGCACUUCCAUAGUGAGUCCAUUGGGUAGUUGGAGCGAUGCUGUGAGCUGCACCACUGGUUUGGGCGGGAGGGGGUCUGUGGGCUGCAAAAUCUCUGGGGACGGCUUCAUUGACUUGUCUGGUUGGGCCCCAGUGCCUCUUCCUCCAACCAGACUCUGUCGUUUCCCUGCUGUGGUUCUCUCUGCUGAGUUGCUUCUGUUACUGUUGCUGAGGCUGCAGUGUGCUUGUGGAGCCUCUGGGGACACUCUUUCGCCAUGUGCUGAGCACUGUCGCAGAUGUAGCACUUCCUGUUCCCUCUAGGAGGCUUCGCUUUGACUGCUCCCGGUGUUAAGGCUCUGGUAGCUGACUGAGCCCUGGCGCCUCCAAUCUCCAUCGGUUGCUCUCCCCCCUCCUUGCGGAGGUGGGGAUUGCACACGCGCUGUAUCCUUGGGAAAGAGGGGAGGUGCUCUCACUGGCGUACGUCCCCAACGUCCUUCUUCUCUGUUCCAUGGACGUUCUUCCAGACGCACCCCAAUUUGCAGCGCCCGCCGGACAACCUCCUGAGUGCUCUUUGGUCUCUCCCCCCUUGCAAUCUCAUCUUUCACAUUUGCAUUCAAGCCUUCCCAUUAGUCCAUGGCUGGGGCAGAAUCCUUCUCCCAUCCCAGCGCAUGGACUAAUGCAAAAAAGCGGGAAUGGUACUGCCUUACACUGGCUCUGCCUUGUUUGAGCCCAUGUAUGUCUUUUCUGGCGAUAUCAAUGUCUAUAUUUGAUAAAAAACACGAAUCCAUCGCUUUAAUAAAUGCAUCCGCAUUUUGGAGCGCCGGAUCCUUAUCUCUCCACAGAUUGCGCAGCCACGCUUUAGCUUCCCCAUGCAAAUGGGACAAGAUAAACCCCACCUUCUCUUGCUCAUCUCUAAAGUCUUUAUCCAGCAGUUCCAGCGCAAACAGCACGUCUGCUCGGAAGUUAGGGUACUGCUGCAAAUUCCCAUCGAAAUGAGAUACCAGGCUGCCUCCUCUUUUCCCCAGCCCAAUCCCCUCUGAUUUGGGUCCCGGUUGCCCCUGCUUAGCAAGCACUUCCAACCUGGCUUGGAGAUCCCUGCAGGCGGCAGCCGCUUCCUCUUCCCUUUUCCUGGAUGCGAGUACCUCCGCGUUGAGUUGUGUCACUGCAUUUUGCAGGGCUGCUAGUUGCUGUUCUGUAGUCAUCUUGCCUGACUUUUGUGAGCUCGCGAAGCACCAAUCUUCUUCCCUCGCUGCGUCCACUCACGUUACGAGGUUUUUGGUGCAAAACUUUCGGAGAUGGAGCUUACUGUCAGAGCUGGCUCCAGGUCCCAGCUCACAGAGGACCAACGCUAGCCGGCAGUAAUGUACAAAAGUCUUUAUUGAAGUACAGUUUCCAUUUUCAAGCCGGAGCGCCCCAGCUCUACGUCUAGGGGUUAGAUCGGCGAAGCUCCAUCUGAGUCUCCGCCCCUGUACACCAGUUUAAGAUUCUAGCCUUACUCCACCUCUUACGUCUCUCCUUUCUCCUCUGGGUCCUGCUACCCCCCGGGGUCCCUUCCUUCCUGGAUUCUUCUGACGCUGACCCCCCUGACUCCUCCCCCUCUUUUCGGCGGGCUUUGGGACCUGGCUCCCUAUCCGGGCUGCCAACUGCGCCGCCCUCCUGUACAUUUGAACUUGGCGCGCGCACCCAGCCUUCAACCUUCCUCUCGACCGUUUCCUCGCUCCCCGAUGGAGGCGUGGCCAAUCCUGACUCAUGUCCUCCCACUGGCAGUGCGCCGCCUGAUCCCGAUGCCUGGGACUCCUCCCCCCUUCUGCACUCUGGUGUGGACGCUGGUCCUGAUUUCCAACUGCUGCUCUCUGAGUCCCCUCUGGCCCCUUCUUCCUGGGGUGUCCUCCUCGGCACCCCCUUGCUCUGACCAAGGGAGCCCCUUUCUGUGAAUCUUCCGAUUCGCUGGAAAGACUCAGAGACCUCGGACCGCUGUCAUCGCUAACAUUUCCUUCGGACUCCUCCCCCUCGCUCUCUAUUUCCUCCCUUUCCUGUGCCUCUGCUCCUGAACCCCUGACAGUUACGAAUUUAGAAGUGGAAGGAAGGAAUAUACAGAACCCAGCUAAGAUUAGAAAUUGUUUCCAGAGGUACUUUAAACAACUAUAUACACAAGGGCCACUGAAAGGAACUGAUCUAGAUCAAUUUUUGAAAACAAAUGGAUUACAAAAAAUCUCUCAAGAAAAUAAAUUAAUGUUGAACUAUAAAAAUAACUGAACAGGAGAUAGAAGGUGCCAUUCAAAAUAUGCAAUUGGGUAAGUCUCCAGGACCGGAUGGAUUAACUUCUAGAUAUUACAGAUCCUUGAAAGAAUGGUUAAUACAACCUUUGAAAGAGGUCUGUAAUGAAAUAAUGGAGGGGAAAAGAGCACCAGAGUCGUGGAAAGAAGCUUAUAUUACACUUGUACCGAAAACAGAGACUGAAAAGACACAGCUUAAGAACUACCGUCCUAUAUCAUUACUCAAUGUGGAUUACAAAAUUUUUGCGGACAUUUUGGCUAAGAGAUUUUAAAAAGUGUUGAUGGAAGAGAUUCAUAAAGAUCAAGCGGGCUUUCUCCCAGGAAGACACUUGUCUGACAAUUUGAGGAAUAUAAUUGAUAUUUUGGAAAAACUAGAAGUGAAUAUAAAUACUAAAGCAGUUAUGAUAUUUGUGGAUGCGGAGAAAGCUUUUGACAAUAUUUCUUGGAGCUUUAUGAAGAAGAACCUACAGGGUAUGGGGGUAGGCCAAGGCUUUGAAAAUGGUAUAAGUGCAAUCUAUUCAGAACAAAAGGCUAAAUUAAUUGUAAAUAAUGUGGUGACGGAAGAACUUAAAAUAGAAAAAGGGACACGACAAGGUUGCCCAAUUUCCCCACUACUUUUUAUUUCGGUCCUGGAGGUUUUGCUGAACAUGAUUAGAAGGGACCAGCUGGUUAAAGGUAUACAGGUCGGAGCAAAACAGUACAAAUUGAGAGCAUUUGCAGAUGACUUAGUACUGACGUUACAGGAGCCAGAAUCUAGUACCAAAAGGGUUUUAGAACUGAUUCAAGAAUUUGGUCAGGUUGCAGGAUUUAAAUUGAACAAGUUAAAAGCUAAGGUUUUAGAGAAAAAUCUAACACCAAUGGAGAGAGAGAGGUUUCAAAAUGUGACAGGUUUAACAGUGGUUAAGAAAGUUAAAUACCUGGGGAUUAACAUGACAGCAAAAAUGGGAACUUAUUUAAAGAUAACUAUGAAAAAUGUUGGGCUGAAGUGAAAAAAGAUUUAGAAAUUUGGUCAAAUUUGAAGCUUUCACUGCUGGGCCGUAUUGCUGCGAUAAAAAUGAAUGUAUUGCCUAGAAUGUUGUUUUUGUUUCAAACACUGCAAAUUGUCGACAAAAUGGACUGUUUCAAGAGGUGGCAGAGAGAUAUUUCCAGAUUUGUCUGGCAGGGCAAGAAGCCCAGAAUAAAAUUUAAAAUACUAACAGAUGCAAAGGAAAGAGGUGGAUUUGCCCUGCCAGACUUUAAACUUUAUUAUGAAUCAGCAGCUUUUUGCUGGUUGAAAGAAUGGCUGCUUCUUGAAAACACUGACAUUUUGGAUCUAGAAGGUUUUAACAAUGUAUUUGGAUGGCAUGCAUAUCUGUGGUAUGGAGAGAUCAAAGCACAUAAAGCAUUUAAAAAUCACAUUGUCAGGAAAGCACUGUUUAAUGUUUGGAUAAGAUACAAGGAUUUAUUGGAAAACAAAACUCCAAGGUGGUUGUCACCAAUGGAAGCGAAAGCCUUGAAAAAGCUCAAUAUGGAGGUCAAAUGGCCGAAAUAUUGGGAAAUAUUGGAACAAGAUGGAGAUAGACUGAAAUUGCAGUUUUGAAAAAUUAAAAAACAAAGUGCGAGACUGGCUUCAUUAUUAUCAGAUAACGGAGGCAUACAAUUUGGACAAGAAAAUUGGCUUCCAGGUGGAAAAAUCAAAAUUAGAAACAGAACUGUUAGAACCCAAAACUAAGAAUUUGUCAAGAAUGUAUAACUUGCUGCUGAAAUGGAACACUCAGGAUGAAACUGUGAAAUCUGCUAUGAUUAAAUGGGCACAAGAUGUUGGACAUAACAUUAUGUUUGCUGACUGGGAACAGUUGUGGACCACAGGUAUGAAAUUUACGGCAUGUAAUGCCUUAAGAGAAAAUAUUGUGAAAAUGAUAUACAGGUGGUACAUAACCCCAGUCAAGCUUGCAAAAAUAUACCAUUUGCCUGAUAAUAAAUGUUGGAAAUGUAAAGAAACUGAAGGUACAUUUUUUCACCUUUGGUGGACGUGCCCAAAGAUUAAGGCUUUCUGGGAGAUUAUAUAUAAUGAAUUAAAAAAGGUAUUUAAAUAUACCUUCUUGAAGAAACCAGAGGCCUUUCUCCUGGGCAUAGUCGGCCAAUCGGUGUUAAAAAAGGAUAGAACUUUCUUUAUGUAUGCAACAACAGCAGCAAGAAUACUCAUCGCAAAGUAUUGGAAGACACAAGAGCUAUAUUUAAAACCAAGAGGAAUGUCGACAGAAGAGGCUUUAGUGGCGGCAUUAUAUAAGAUAAAUGACUCACUGGAUCAGCUUAACAGGAAAAUGGAUACGAUAAAUGCAAAAGUGGAUGUUUCAAUUACUAAAAUUAACUUAAAUACAGAAAGUAUAAAUAAUACCAAUACAGAAACCACCCAGAAAUCAAUACAGGAACCUACUUUGAUACGGCAAACUGCGGAGGAAGCCAGGGAAAAAGCUGUUGUUGCUGAAUGUAAAGUAACACAACUGGAGAGAAAGAGAAAGAGAGCCCCAGCCCUACAGAGGCAAUUUGAUGAACAUAAGUUGACGCUUGCUAUGACUGAACUUAAAGAAAAACAGACGAAUUUGAGGCCAUGCCCAAGGAUUAAGACACUUUGGGAGAUGAUUCAUAACGAAAUGAAAAAGGUAGUUAAAUAUACCCUUUUGAAGAAACCAGAGGCCUUUCUCCUGGGCAUGGUCGGCCAAUUGGUGUUAAAGAAGGAUAGAACUCUUUUCACGUAUGCAACAAUAGCAGCAAGAAUACUCAUUGUGAAGUACUGGAAGACACAAGAUUUAUCUAUUCGGGAAGAAUGGCAGAUGAAGUUGAUGGACUAUAUGGAAUUGGCGGAAACGACUGGCAGAAAUCCGAGACCAGGGAGAAGAGUCGGUGGAAGAAGAUUGGAAAAAGUUUAAGACUAUUUAUAGAAAUAUUGUAAAAAUAAUGAAUGUUAGAAAAAUGUUGGAAUGAAGUUAUACGGCUUUAGUAGAAAUGUUAUAAGGAAUUAAGCAUAAAUAGAUUAAUAGAGCAUUAAAGGGAAAAAUGUUAGAAUAUGUUAAGAUAAUUAUAGGAUAGAAAACAGAGGAAGAUGGAAAGGAAUUGCUGAAACAAUUAACAGAAGUGGAAUACAAAAAGGGAGGUGUGAGGAGGUCGUGGAAAUAAGGGAAUGAAAGAUAAGAUAUUGAAAUUGUUUUGUGUUUUAAAUGGUUUGUGUUUUGUUUUGUUAGUUUUAUGUUUUGUUUUGUUUUUGUUGUUGUUGUUUUGUUGUGUUUAAACGGUUGGAAAAUUAAUAAAUAUUAUUUUUUUAAAAAAGAAAACAAACAAACCAGUUUUAACAAGGAAAAAUGUUGGGUACAACACAGACACUAACACAACACAAAGCCUUUUCAAAUUCCCUUCGCUCAGUACUCAGAUCUUGUUUUAAACUGCCAGUCCUCCCCCAGUGUCAUCCCUGCUCACUCUCCUCAAAACUCUGACACUGUUUAAAAUUGCCACCUUUCUCUCUCUCCACGAUCCUCUAUUCCUGCUUAAUUCAAACCUCUGCUGCUGUUUAAACCACAAUUUCCCUCUCAGUAGCUCUUUUACCACAGCAGAAGUUUAAGUAAAGCAGGGAGAAAGAAACUCUGAGAGGAAAAUGACAGUUUUAAACACUGACAGGACACUGAGAGGUCGUUUUUUAAAAAGAACAAAUCGGUUUUUAAAAGGAGAAAUAUCAGAGAUGAGCACAACACGGAAGCUGACACCAAAAAGCUAACACAACAGAGCUUUUUCAAACACCCUUCUCGCUAUUCCCAAACCUUGUUUUAAACUGCCAAUGUCCCAUCCUGCUCAUUGUAUUUAUCCUGGUAUUGUUUUAAAUUGUCACUUCCCUCCCCUCAAUGUUUCUCCAUCCCUGCUUUACUCAAACCUGGGCUGUUGUUUUAAACCAUUUUUCCUGCCCUGUUUCUCCAUUCUCAUAUGUAUGUGUAUUUAUAAAUAAAUAAUAUUGCUGCAUUUCAGGUAAUUUUCCAGUUUUCAAAACAUCAGGAUUAUAUUGAGUACAUUCAAGUCUCGGCCUCUGUUUUAGUUCUCCCUUAAUUUGUAGCUUUUACCAUAAUUAUUUUAAAAAAUGAUGAUGAUGCCUGAGAGCUGUGUCAAACGCUAGUCCUACUCGGCGUAGGCCAACUGAAAUUAAUCAUCAGGACGAGCUUAGGUCCAUUAAUUGCAAAGGAUAUGACCCUAACGUUUUUACGUGCCAUGCUCUGUAGCAACGUGAAGAUGAGAAAAACAAGAAGAAUAACAAAGCUUCCACCAAUCCCGCAAUGCAAGAUUUGGAAGACUUGCUUGUUCCACGUGCAAAGGCCAUGGAUGGACCCAAACCAACAGAAGGUAAAAACAGCCCAACACACUGGCCUUCCAUCAAUGCUAGUCAAUGUACCAGUAAUUCUUUUGGUAAAUCCCUGGGCUCAGUUCAAUGUUUUGGUCUUGGUAUACAAAGGUUUAAACAACUUGGGAAUCAAAAACCUGAAAAAAUGACUAAGAUUUACUCAGGAUGCUCUGGUUGUUAUUCCAGUUUUAGUUUCUGUUGGACAGGUGACUGCAUGAGACAGGGGGUUCUCAGUGCCCCCCACAUUAUGGAACCCCCCUCCCUAAAUGGCAUCAGGUUGUCCCAUGUUGGCCUCAUUUAGGCACUAGGUGAAAACUAGGUUAACCCAGCCUUUGAAAUAUAAUCAGCAUUUUUGGUGACACUAUUUAUCUCUCUCUCAAAAGUGAAAACCUUUUUUUGCCCAAUGACUGGAUUAUAGUCCGGCUCACUUUACAUAGACUAUUUUAAACAUCAUUAUGCCAUCAGGUGACAACUUCAGUGCUAUCAUUUCUGGCCUAAACAGAGACAAAGGAUUUUUAGCAUUGUAUUAAUUAGCUGACCAGUGCCAGGUUGUCUGUUACACCUACUGAUUAUGUAAAAUACCACUGUUAAUUGUGUAAUUCUCAGGUUUUACUUGUUAGCAUUUCAUUGCCCUCUGACGUCACUGAUACUUACCCAAAUCCUGUGUAUUCAUGAGGAUGUCCCUCCAUGCAUCUGGUAAGGUGGACUGCAGUCCCUCUGGAGGUUGAUGUUGAACUAUUAUAAAAGUUUAGCUAAUGCAACAACUAAUAGAGACAUCAAGGGGAAUUUAACUGCUUGCCUCAGUGGCUUUGCUGUGCACAAAAAUAACAGCUAAAUGAGAUCUGAAGGAUGCAUGGAUGGGUUAGUUAAUAUGCGAAAAAGCACUGAAUGUUCCUUUCCUUUUACAAGAUAACAAGCCUGAGUCUGCCAACAUUAAAAACACUCCUGCAAUGAAGGAAGAAGCAAGCACCACCAGAAACAGUAAUCCUGAGAACCCUGCAAGAGGAGCCACACUCCAGCCUGCUGUUGUAGUGACUAGGCCACCAAGCCCAAGAGGCGGGCUGCCUAACCAACCAAGACCAAAUCCAAAGAUGCCACAGCCUAGGGGACCACCCCCUGGAACGGGAAGGGGUAAGACUCAUUAA